AUGGUUGGCACUUCCCAGAGCUUGCGAAGGAGGUGCCCGAGCCGCUUAAAUACGCCAAAGUCGCGCUACUCAUUGGUAGCCGCAGUACACUGGAGGAGCGUGACGCCGAGGAGGUCACGCAGCAGAUAGCCGAUAUACUUGAGGGAGACGAGGCCCUCGCAGCCCGUGUAUACGAAAAGGCCGUGACGUCCAUGGGUGGGGACAUGGCGGAGGUGGAUUGGUUGAACAUCCGCGCCUUCAUGGAGCGUGUGACAUCGCUGGGUUACUACCGAGAGUCGCUGCAGCAGUACCUUGUUGAAAAAAUGAUGCUCGUUGCGCCAAACUUGACGGAGCUGAUGGGACAAAACAUCGGUGCGAAGCUCAUUUCAAAGGCGGGCUCACUGACAAACCUCGCCAAGGCGCCUGCCAGCACCAUUCAGAUCCUUGGCGCCGAGAAGGCACUUUUUCGCGCCCUUAAGAAACGUAAGGGCAACACACCGAAAUACGGGCUUAUCUUUCACUCGACAUUUAUUCAGCGCGCAGCGAAGGAGCACCGCGGGAAGAUCUCACGCUAUCUCGCCAACAAGGCUGCCCUUGCCUGCCGCAUUGACUGCUUCAUGGAAACUCCUCCGGCUGUCUUUGGUGAGAAGCUGCGGGAGCAGGUGGAGGCGCGGUUGAACUUCUUCGACACGGGCAACAGGCCGCCAACAAACAUGGUCGCCAUGGCCGAGGCACUCGAGCAAUACCAAAAAAUCCUCCGCAAGCGCUCCAAGAGGCAACGUGAGGCCCAGUCCGCAGCAGGAGGCAAUGGUGAUGACGAGGUUAAGCAGGAAGUGCCAAAGAAGAAACGUGCACGCCGUGAGGAGGUGCAGUAA